AAGUAGAAGAUAAACCAACCAUGUGUGCUGUGAGCCAUGUGCACUGCAGAGACACAAGUCAGCAUAUAUGUCUUUCCGAUGAUCGGCCUUCGACGCAUCAGUGCCGUGCAUCAGCAGCGGCCAGCCGUCGAUGAACGAACGCACUCACACAGCCGGGCAGCACGGAAGACAGGCAGAACACACACAUAAGAUGGGAUGACCACUGCGAAAAAAACAAACAAAACCUCACCGUCUCGGUGAUCAAAUCUCAGCUCUACCACCCGACCCACGACAAACCACCCACGAGCGACGACCGAACGACAAACGGACACAUACAGCCUCACCGCCCGCCCACUCGCCAGCACUAAAAAAGCCAUGAAUGCACGCGAUGGCCACGCACACUUAUCUCGCUCAUCCUGGCUGUUAGUCAUGUCUGUUUCUUCUUUUCCCUCAGCUUGGCCCCAUCGGCCUCGAGCACUGUCUUGACAUAGUACGCGACCACCCACAGCUCGCACAGGAGGGCCAUGGCCCUCCCGGCCGCCAACACGGCCCCGACGGCCGGGUGCGCCAGCCAUCUGGCCAAAGGAAGGGUCAGCAGCAGCGGCCGGGCAAUGUCGGUCUGCAGGUACGCCCACAGGGGCAAAAACAUGAGGCCGCUGAUGACCAGGGUGCCGGGGAGGGUGCGGAAGUUGUUGGAGAGGAUCUUGCGGACGAUCCAGGGGGCGGCUGCGAAGCAGGCCUCCUUCCAGUUGCCACUUGCCCUCUCGGUGUUGGUGAAGGCGAAGACGAGCCACUCGACGCACGCGAUAAGCGGGGCCACCGACGGAGCCACGCGCGACCACAGCAGCUGCCGGCUGAUGUUGUCGAUCACCACAUCGAUGAUCGCACCGAACUCGCUCGACUGGUCAAACAGCCGGGCCGUCAAACCUGAAUCGAUGCAACACACACACACACACACACACACACACGAACAACGAAAAGACGAUACUCAUCUGUGUCUGCCCGUUCGUCUGGCUGCAUCCGCCGAGCCAUAAAGGAAGUCAGUCAGACAAAUCCCUCCCUUACCAUCGAAGAAGUCCAGUGUGAACCCCAGGGCAUAGAGCAGCGAGAAGGCCAGCGGCCUCUGGUACAUGAACCCAAACAUGGCCCCCAGCAGCACCAGCCGCACAUAGCCAAUCAGAUUCGGCACAUAGAACAGUGGUGCCAUCAUCAGCCGCCUCUUCUCGCGUAUCGCCUCCUUCGCCCGGCCCACGGUGAUGGCCGCGCGCGACUGAACCUGCCCGUCUUCUGCAAUCGGCUGGCCGGGGAGCUCAGUGAUUGGCGCUGUGACAAUGCUCGAGUGGCUGCUGAGUGAUGAGGAGAGAGGUGCCUUUCUGCCGAAGAGGGAAGGCAUCUUGACGGCUGCUGAAGCUGUGACGAAUAAAGGUCGCACCACCGCUGCACACGCCGGUAAGGAUGAAGCCUCGGCCUGCAUCAGGUAGGUUGUUACUAUACUACUACUCAAGCGGUCAGGAUGUUUAUGUUGUCACAUCUGUCGCCGUGUUUGCUCAUCUGCUUCCGUUCAAAAACACCUCCAUU